AUGGAAAAUAUGACUGAUGAUAUUGUGUAUCCACUUGAUACAAGUUCACUUAAUCGAUAUUUUAUUCAAUUGAUAUCUUGUGGUGAUGAUUAUCAAUUUCAAGAAUUAAUUAAAAUAUUUUUACCAUUACUUAUUCGAACUAUUGAAGUACAAACAGAUGAUUUUAGAAAAAAAGCAGUUGAAGUAUUUAUACAUAUAAAUAAGCGAGUUAAGGCUCGUCCAGAAAUUCAAAUUCCGGUGAGAGAUCUUUUAGAAAUAUUUACAACAUCAACGCAAUGUUCGCCAUUUGCUUCUAAUUUUUCUAUGAUGUAUAUUAAAAUGGGUUUUAUGCGUUUAAAAACUGAUAAACAAGUUGAAUUAAUUCCUCUUCUUUUUCAAUCCUUACCAAAUCGAUCAAUUUCUCAUCAAGAAUUACUCAUGGGUCUCAUUGUUUAUGCUUUACAAUAUGUUAAAAUUAUUCCAAAUAUGAAUGAGAAUAUUAUCAGAUAUGGACUUACUGAUCAGCCGAUAAUUCGACGUUUAUUUCUUAAUUUUCUUCUUAAUGUUAUUCUUUUACCUUACAAAUUUGAAGAAACAAAAUCUCGGAAUACAGCACCUGGCCAACAACGAGCAUAUGUUGAACCAUCUCAAGCACCUGUUGAUGAAGCACUUUUUUCAACGAUGGAAGAUGCACCAAGUAAAGAAGUUGAAGUAUUUAAACAACCAUUUCCAUGUAUGAAUGAACAAUUAUGUAAUCGAAUAACGGAAGCAAUACAAACAGAUGAUUUAAAUCAAGUUGAAAAGCUUAAAGUUGCCAUAUUAAAAUUUUUAAAUGGAAAUAUUUAUUCGGAAAAUGAAAUUAUAUUUCAUUUUGUAUUAGCAACAGCUGAUUCAAGAUACUCUGUUGUUCUAGCAGCUGAACAUGAUAUAAAACGUUUAACAGUCGCUGUUGAUUGGAGUUUAAUGCAACAUAUACAAGGUUUAUUUGAAUUCUUUUUAGGAACAUUAAAAACUAUUAAACAACAACAACAACAAAAUGAAGAUAUGAUUCGUAAUCCUUCAAAUACGCGUAUUCGUUUAAAACUCUAUCCUUAUUUACUUAAAUCAAGAAUAGCUAGUACAAUUUUUCCACAUUCAAUUCAAGUUCUUUAUGAAAGUCUAUUUGGUAAUUCAACAAAUGCUCGUAUUAAAUAUUUUUCAUUACAAUAUGCACAAAAUAUUAUUCAAAAUGCUGAAUUGAAUAGUCUUGUUGGUGUAUCGAAAUUAUUGUUACAUGCAUUAGAAAAAGUUCUUAAUACAGAAAUAAAUAAAACACAUGAUGGAUCACGUUUACGAAGUUUAACUUAUGUUUUAAUUGGUAAACUUUCUUAUCGUGUACCAAAAUUAUUUUGUGAUGAUAUAAGAUUAACACAACAAUUUUUUGAAGCAUUAAAAACUGAAGAUAAUGACUGUUGUUUAAAUAUUCAAGAAGCUUUAACUUUAUUGGCCUAUUCUCAAAAAGAUGCUAGUAUAGCUAGUAAACAUAUGCUUCAACAAUUAUUAACUCAACAAGUUAUUCCAAAUCCAUCUUUAGACACGACAGUAGUACUUGAUUAUCCUAAUUGUCGUCAAGCAGCUGUAUCCUAUGUAAUGAAUGUAUUUCCAUCGAAUGAUAGUACAUCACGUUUUAUUCUUCUUACUGCAUGUUCAGAUAAAAAUGAAGAUAUACGUUCAUUAGCUAAUAGAAAUUUAUUUAAUGAACAAGAUGUUGAUUAUCCUGAUUUCCCAUCAUUACUUAAAUUAAUUCUAUCAAACGCACAUGGUGAUUAUCCGAUGGGUCGACAAACAUUAGUUUAUCAUCCUCAAACAUAUCAACAGAUGAUUUAUUAUUUACAUCGUUGUUUAAUUCGACAAAGUUUUAAUGGAGAAAAAACAACACCAUUAUGGAAAUAUGAAGAACAACUUCCAUUCAUAUAUAAUAUUGCAAAACAAAAUACAACUAUUUGGUAUAAUUAUAUACAAUUUUUACUUGAUUUUGUUCUUGUUGUACAUGAUUGUUUAUCAACUUAUUUCUUAUUUGAAGCAAUUAUUAUUGGUUAUUAUUUAAAUGAUAAUAAAAUUCUUGAAUUAAUUAAUGAAAAUCUAAGUUCAUUUCGUCAAUUAUGUCUUUUCUCAACACGUGAUGAUACACGUCGUUAUUCAUCAUUACUUUAUGCAUAUAUUUUAUCAAAAAAUCCAUCGAAUGUAUCAGCUAUUGAUGAAUUAAUGAAAAUUAUACCAAAUUUAAAUCAACGUUUUGAACAACGAGAAGCAAGUAUACUUGCGCUUGGAUAUGUUUGUUCAUAUCUUGAACAAUCAAAUGAAUAUUUAAAUCAUGGAAAAGAUAUUUUAAUGAAACUUUUUUUUGAUAAUCAAAAUGAAUAUAUAAUAGCAUUAUUAAUUUCAAUUGGACAAUUAGCACGUAUGAAUUGUUUCAAUGAUCGUGAUGAAAUAAAUAUUAAAAAUUUUAUUGAAAAAAUUAAAAUUAAAAUUAAAACAAUUAAUGAAACAAAUCGUAUUAAAGAAAAAGCUAUUCAAUCAUUAGGUUUUUUAGCUGUUUGUUAUAGAGAAAAAAGUGAAUAUAUUAUUGAAAUUUUAACACAAGCACUUGUUGAUACAAAACAAAUUGAACUUCAACUUAAUAUCGGUGAUGCACUUAUUUGUUGUAUUCUUGGUGGUGAGACACCAUUGGUCGAUGACCCCUAUCUUAUUCUUAAUGAAAAACUACCAUCUUCUCAAAACAUAUCUUCGAAUGAACAUGAACUUCGAUUUCAUUUAAUAAAAUAUCUUCUUAGCUGUAUUCUUAAAUAUUCAUCGGAUAUAAAUAAUUCACAUAGUAGACAAGCAGCAUUUAUAUGGUUAUUAACAUUUCUUAUACAUUGUCGUCGUCCUUAUUUAUUAACAACAUAUCGUUCAAUAUUUGAAUCCGAAUUAUUUCCUUUACAAACAAACCUUAUCUAUGGUUUACUUGAUCAAGAUGAACUUAAUCAAGAAUUAUCAUGUAAAUGUCUUAUUUAUAUGUAUGAAAUUAUUGAUAAUGAAGAAUUAAAAUUAAAAUUUAAUAAUAAAUUAUUCGAACAUUUUACAGAUAGUACACGUUCAUUUUCAAGUCAACAAACAACUAUUGCAUAUGAACAUAAUAUACAACAAACAACACUUGAUAAUACACAAAUUUUACUUUAUAAAGAAUUAUGUUCAUUAGUUGACUUAUUAUCAAUAGAAAAAAAUCUCAAAUCACAAUUAUUUUAUUCCUUUCUCUAUCUAGCACAUGAAAAUUCAAUUUGGUCAACAACACGUUAUGGACAACUAUUUCAUAUAGAUAAUUAUGAACAAAAAUCUAUUGAUUUUAUUUUAAUCUAUAUUGAUAAAUUAAUUUCAAGACUUCAUCGUCUUUUAUAUGAUCCACAAAUGCGUAUACAAGAAUGUAUAAGACGUAUAUGGAAUAAAUUAUUUUCAACAACUAAACAAAUAAUUAUUGUUGAAAAAUAUUUUUCAUUAAUAUUCAAUGAAUUAUAUAAUGAUAUGUUAUCAACACGUUGGCGUAUACGUGAAAGUAUACAAUUAGCAUUAUUAGAUAUAUUUCGAAUGUCAAAUAGAAAAUUAAUUGAUAAUCAACAAUAUCUUGAAUUAUUUCAAGAAUUAUUUCGACGUUUAUUAGCUGUUUGUGAUGAUACGAAAGAAUCUGUUCGAAAAGCAGCAUUAACAACAAUUAAUUCAUUCAAACAAAAUUGUUUAUUACUUGCUUGUGAUCCAGCAACAACAAUAGCAAAUUCUAUGAAUGAAUUAGAACAUACAGCACGUGGUCGAUAUGUACUUGAACAAACUUUACCAAUACUUUUAAAUGAUGGACUUUAUAAUAAAAAUGAAGACAUUGCGAAAUUUUCAUUGAAUACUAUUAUCGAAAUAAUUCGUUAUGGUGAUCGUGAUACAUUAAAACCUUAUUGUACAGUAAUUAUCAUAGCUCUAUUCGAAGCAUUAUCAUCUAUUGAACCUGAUUUAUUUAAUUAUGAAUCAAUGAAACUAUCAGCAGCUGAAAUGAAAGAACAAAUUGAUGUUGCACGUUUACUUUGUGCACGUUCAUCACCAUUAAUGGAUGCAAUAAAUACAUGUACAAAUCAAUAUGUUGAUGAAACAAUUCUAGAUGAUUUAUCUGGAAAACUAAUUGAAACAAUUAAACAUUCAAUUGGUUUAACAACGAAAUGUCUUAUUGGACAAUAUUUUAUAACAUUAACUAAUUUAUAUCCACAGAAUUGUUCAAAAUAUGUUGGAAAAUGGAUGGCUAUAUUAGUUAAUACAAUGAGUGUAAAUUCUAAUCGUACAUUACGAAAAACAUAUACAAGUGUAUUAGGUACAAUUGUAAAAAUAGCGAAACGUUCAUCAAUUGAAAAUCUUUUACAAAAAAUUUCAACAUGGUAUUAUCAAACAGAUAAUGAUUAUCAAUAUGUUUGUGCGUUAACACUUAAUUCUAUAUCACAAUCAAAUCAUGAUUUAUUAUCAGACUAUGGUCAACAAAUCUUACCAUUAAUAUAUAUUGGUAUGCAAGAAAAAUCUUUAAAUAAUAAAAAUGAAGAUGAUGAACAACAAGAAGAAUUAAUUUGGAAAAAUUUAUGGAUUGAACAUACAGGUAGUUCAAUAACAGGAAUACAAACAUAUAUCAAAGGAAUUAUUGAAAAUAUUCGUUUAACGAUUGAACAUAGUUCAUAUACAAUGAAAAUUAAAGGUGCACGAGCAAUACAAAUGAUUGGAGAAACAUUAAAAAAUAAUUUAAAUAUUGAAUAUUUAAUUAUAUUAGUUGAAUUUCUUUUGAAAGGUCUUUAUGGAAGAGUUUAUGAAGGAAAAGAAUGUUUUCUUCGAGCUAUGGAAACAAUUUGUACUUAUUGCAAAGACACAUUGAAAACUUCACCCGAUCUUAUUCAACGUAUUUAUGAGUGUAUUCUUAAAGAAUGUAAAAAAGAAUCACUUACAUAUCGAUCAAUUGCAAUACGUGUAUUAUCAUUACUUGCUGAUGAAUACAACUUUCAAGUAUAUGAACUCUUUUGGAUAUGGUUUGAAAAAGCAUUAAAACAACCUGAUCCAGAUGCAGAAGAUCAAGAAAUGAAAGAUAAUGAUGAUGAUCCUAUUCUAUCCGAUGCAUAUCAUCGAACAUUAAUCGAAUGUUUACCACGUGUUUGGCCAAAAACUCCUGAAAUUGAAUCUCAAUAUAAAAAAUUAACAUUUGAUUUAUUAAUUGAAAUAAUUCUUUAUUCAAGUUGGCAAAUUCAAUUAGUUGUUAUUCAAUCACUAAAUCAAAUUUUGGAGAAAAGCUCAACAAUAAUGUCAACAGAUAUUAUUUCAUUAAUUGAACCAAUUAUAAAUUUAGGUCCACGUACAAAAGCUAGUGGAUUAAAACGUGAAAUUUUGAAAUUUCUACGAAUUUUAUUUAAUAAUUCUCGUUAUUCAAUAUGUUUUAAUGAAAAUGAAAAUUUACAAAAUAUUCUUCAUUUUAAUAUUGAUGAAAUGAUACAUGAUAAUCGUUCUAGUGAAAUAAGUGAACAAGCAAAAGAAUUGAAAAAACUAAAUGAACAUUUAUUUAAAAAAAUUAAAAAAGAUAUUGAACAUAUUGAACCGACGAAUAUCGAUCAAAAUGAUUUAUUUUAA